GCAGGAGAACUAUGAGGCUGUGAGCUGGCUGGCAGGUGAUGGGAUGCUGAGUGAGAACAAUGAGGGGAGCCUUCAUCAGGAAGGACCGGAACAAGUUGCUCCAUGUGAAAUCUUAUUGGGAAGAUCUGAAGGGCAUGUUUCUCAGAGUCCUGGGCAGGGAGAGACCUCUGAGUGUCAGCGGAGCCCAGAAAGGCAGCAGGGAAACCAUACAGUGGAGGGACAGGGUAAAUCUAGUCACAGGAGCAGAAGGAUGAAAAGAUACAAAGAAACUGUUCAACAGAAAACCCCCCAUCAAGUGUUACCCUACGCUUGCAGUGACUGUGGGAAACGUUUCCAAUGUAGAAAGGUCCUCAUUUUACACCAGAGAAUCCACUCUGACAAGAACCCCUUCAGCUUGUCUGACUAUAGGAAUAACUUCAGUCAGAACUCAAAUCUUAUUACCCAUCAAGGAAAGCAUCCAACUGAGAAAAUCUGUGACUGUCCUGCUUGUGGGAAAAGCUUACAUUGGAAAUCCGGUGUUACUGAUCACCAGAGAAACCACAGAAUAAAGCAAUCCUUCAUCUGCUCUGACUGUGGGAAGAGCUUCACUUGGCGCUCAGGCCUUGAUAGACAUAGGAGAAUCCACACAGGAGAGAAACCCUUUCACUGCUCUGCCUGCAGGAAAAGCUUCAGUCAGCGCUCAGGUCUUGUUAGACACAGGAGAAUCCACACUGGAGAGAAACCCUUUCACUGCUCUACCUGCAGGAAAAGCUUCAGUCAGCGCUCAGAACUUAUUCAACAUCAGGAACUACAUACAAGCAAUACGCCAUGUAACAGCUCUGACAGUGGGAAAAGCUCCCAUCAGCACUCAAGCCUUAUUGAACACCAGAGAAUCCGCACAAGAGAGAAACCAUUCAACUGCUCUGAGUGUGGGAAAAGCUUCAGACAGAACUCAAACCUGAUUAAACAUCAGAGAAUCCACACAAGCGAGAAAUCCUUCAACUGCUUUGUCUGUGGGAAAAGCUUCAGUAGUAGAUCACGUCUCAGUAGACAUCAGAGAAUCCACACAGGAGAGAAGCACUUUAACUGCUCUGACUGUGGGAAAAGCUUCCAUCAGCGUUCAAGUCUCCUUGAUCAUCAGAGGACCCACACAGGGGAGAAACCCUUCAGUUGCUCUAACUGUGGGAAAAGCUUCAGUCAGAAUUCAAACCUGAUUAAACAUCAGAGAAUCCACACCAGUUGGAAACCCUUCAGCUGCUCUGACUGUGGGAAAAGAUUCACUAGAAAUGCACAUCUCAUUAGACAUCAGAGAAUCCACACAGGAGAGAAACCCUUCAACUGCUGUGACUGUGGGAAAACUUUCAGGCAGAUGUCACACCUUCUUAGACAUAGAAGAAUCCAUACAGUAGAGAAAACUAGUAAGUGCCCUGUAGCUGACAGAGUUAAUUUCCUUGCCUAUCAUGUUAAUAAUAAUAUUGUGUUGAUUCAGAUUAAUUAAUGAAUAUAUUAAUGGGUAGAGUUAGUAUAGAAGUAAUAGUUAAGAGCUGUAAUGCAAGAAAUCUGUAAAAGGUCAUUAUGUAACAGGAAAGGAAAUCUGUAAUAGGUCAUUUGCAAGAUAAGCGGAAGCUAACGUUUGCACAUUUCCAUGGUUGAGCUACAGGUCUCACUCAGACACGAGUCAUAGCUUAUUCAUAGCUUCCCUGGACUGAAGGGGGUGGGGGUUAGGACAUAUGUCUAGGACCUUUCACCCAGAUAGCAAAGAUGACUUACAUAAGUUUGGAAAGUGAUAGGAAAAAUAUCCUCAGACUCAGCAGCUGCAUCAUUACAUGGAAAGUCCCAAAAUAACUGGUUCAGGCCAAGUUGAGAUCCAUGAUACAUUGUCCUAUAGGGAAAAGGACACUUCAACAUUAGAAAUGUUCCCUACUGAAUAUGCAUCAAACAUAUCAAUGUCAGAGCAACAUAUUAUAAAAGUGGCAUUCCAUCAUAGGGGUAGGAGGAGAAAAAGAUGUAGCCCUUGGAAGGUGCCAGAAUCAUGGCCCUUGGUGAUCAUGGGGAAGGUGAUGGGUUAACACCUAAGAUUGUUCUAGAAGGAAUGAUGUAAAUAUAGGGUAAGGAAAUAUGGAUGCUCACUCUCUAUACACAGAAAUUGGGGUGUUUGUGACUGUGCUAACUGUAUUAAUAAACUAUAUUUGUAAAUAUACAAGAGUUCCUAUAUUGUGAGUGUUGCAACUGUGCACAUCAGGGUUCCCAAGCUUAGAAUAAUUGAAUUCUGGGCCUGAUCCUAGGACACAGGACUUGUCUGUCCUAAAGGUGGUAAUUAAAAAUUGACACACAAUCUUAGAUCAGGCAACAGCACUCACUGAGGAAAAAGGUUCAAUCAGAGUUCUUCAACAUCAGAGAACCCACAUGGGAGAGAAGCCUUUUAAUUGCUCUGUGGGAAAAUGGGCUUCAAUUGCAGCAAGGGAGGUUUAGGUUGGACAUUAGGAAAAACUUCCUAAUUGUCAGGGAGGUUAAAUACUGCAAUAAGUUGCCUACGGUGGUUGUGGAAUCUCCAUCACUGGAGAUAUUUAAGAACAGGUGAGACAAACAUCUGUCAUGGAUGAUCUAGAUGGUGCUUGGCCCUUCCAUGAGGGCAGGGGACUGGACUUAAUGACCUCUCAAUGUCUCUUCCAGUUCUAAUGUUUUAUGAUGCUAUGAAAAAAAAUGGUUACUUAUCUCAUAACUGUUGCUCUUCAAGGUGUGUUGCUUAUGUCCAUUCCACUUAUGAGUGCAUGCACUGCAUGCACUAGUUCUGGAAGCUUUUUACCCUUAUCAAUUCCUGUUGUUCCAGCUGGGGAGCCCCCUGGAGUGGUGGCGGUGUAACUGCACAUAUAUU